AUGAUCCAAAAAUUGAAGAAGACGAAUAAAGGAUCGUCGAGUCAGAAUACUAUAUCGAUUGCAGUGGGAUCACCGACGGUUGUGAAGGCAGUUGUGGGAUCGCCACCAAGAAUAGGGUCGCGAUGGAUCGGCUUGUGCCGAUCGACUGAGUCGUCAGGUAAAUCCCAGCACACUAGCACAGCACUUGUGAGGGUCACUCUACAGUCCAACUCAAACCCUCACUUUCGCAAAGGUCUCAUUUCCAGAAUGUCGGAUCUCGAAGCCCCACUACGUCCCAAGAGAAAGAAGGUGUGGGUGGACUACUUUGUUCAGUUCCGAUGGAUAAUCGUCAUCUUUGUUGUCCUUCCCAUUUCCUUCACACUGUACUUCCUCACGUACCUUGGGGAUGUGAAGUCCGAGUGCAAAUCUUUCAAGCAGCGUCAGAAGGAACACGAUGAGAACGUCAAGAAAGUUGUGAAGCGCCUCAAGGAGAGGAACCCAAAGAAGGAUGGCUUGGUCUGCACGGCCCGAAAGCCAUGGAUUGCUGUUGGUAUGCGUAAUGUGGACUAUAAGCGUGCUCGGCAUUUUGAGGUUGACCUUUCUGCCUUCAGACACAUUCUGGACAUAGAUAAGGAGAGAAUGAUUGCUCGGGUGGAGCCUUUAGUCAAUAUGGGCCAGAUUACCAGGGCUACUGUCCCCAUGAAUUUGGCCCUAGCAGUUGUUGCUGAGCUCGACGACUUGACCGUUGGUGGUUUGAUCAAUGGCUAUGGAAUUGAAGGAAGCUCUCACAUUUAUGGCCUCUUCUCAGAUACUGUUGUGGCUUAUGAGAUAGUUUUGGCGGACGGCCGUCUGGUUAGGGCCACGAAGGACAAUGAAUACUCUGACCUUUUCUACGCUAUCCCCUGGUCUCAAGGAACUCUGGGACUUCUUGUGGCGGCUGAGAUUAAGCUUAUACCUGUGAAGGAAUACAUGAGGCUGACAUAUAAGCCGGUUGUGGGCAAUCUGAAGGAGCUUGCACAGGGAUAUAUGGACUCCUUUGCCCCAAGGGAUGGAGACCAAGACAAUCCCAAUAAGGUUCCGGAUUUUGUUGAGACCAUGAUUUACUCCCCUACUGAAGCCGUUUGCAUGACUGGUCGGUAUGCUUCUAAAGAGGAAGCCAAGAUGAAGGGUAAUAAAAUCAAUAGCGUCGGGUGGUGGUUCAAGCCAUGGUUCUACCAGCAUGCCCAAACGGCACUGAAGAAGGGGGAGUUUGUUGAGUAUAUCCCGACCAGAGAAUAUUACCACAGGCACACGAGGUGCUUGUAUUGGGAGGGAAAGCUCAUUCUUCCAUUUGCCGAUCAGUUCUGGUUCAGGUUUCUGUUAGGGUGGAUGAUGCCUCCCAAGGUCUCCCUUCUCAAGGCCACUCAAGGGGAAGCCAUCAGAAACUAUUACCAUGAGAUGCAUGUCAUUCAGGAUAUGCUCGUCCCGCUUUAUAAGGUUGGGGACGCUCUUGAAUGGGUCCACCGAGAAAUGGAGGUCUACCCACUUUGGCUCUGCCCGCAUAGGCUGUAUCAACUCCCACUGAAAACCAUGGUUUACCCAGAACCAGGAUUCGAGCAAGAGCGUAGGCAAGGAGACACAAACUAUGCUCAGAUGUAUACUGACGUGGGCGUUUACUAUGCCCCGGGGCCCGUCUUGAGGGGUGAGGUGUUUGAUGGGUCUGAAGCUGUCCGCCGCAUGGAGAGUUGGCUGAUCGAGAAUCAUGGCUUCCAGCCGCAAUACGCUGUGUCCGAGCUCACAGAGAAGAAUUUCUGGAGAAUGUUUGAUGCCGGGCUUUACGAGCACUGCAGGCGCAAGUAUGGGGCCGUGGGGACCUUCAUGAGCGUGUAUUACAAGUCGAAGAAAGGAAGGAAAACCGAGAAGGAGGUGCAGGAGGCUGAGCAGGCAGUUCUCGAGACUCCCGAUGUGGAUGCCGCUUAG